AUGCCUCGCGACGGAUCUGGUGCCUCUGACAACGCCGUUGAGGCCGGCCACGACAUCGUCCACGGCGCUGGUGCCAUCAAGGAUUCUCACGUCGACCGUGCCGACAAGACCGCCCCCAUGCCUGAGAUCGAGAAGGGUCUUGCCAUUGACGGCAAGGACGCCAGCGGAGGCCAGAGCCAGGGUCUCGCCAAGGGUGACAACGUUGGCCAAGGUGGUCGCUCCAACUAA